AUGAAUGGUCAAGCGGAGCGUUGUGACCGUACAGCCUACGUCUCGGGUCUUCAGCCGACAGUUUCGGAUAUUGAACUUUUCGAAGUCUUUAAUCGAACUGCGCACGUUGAAAAGGUUAUUGUUCGAAAUGGAACAGUUCGUCACGCUCUUGUCGUCUUCAAAACAGUGAACGGCCUCUAUCAAGUGCUCGUCAAUUUCCAAGGAACAACUCUUCAUGGUCGUCAACUUCAUAUUCGUCCAUUGAGAGAAAGUUCUCAUGCGAAUAGCGAAACGAUUACAACAAUGUUUGAAAAAGCGAAAAAUCAGGGAGGAAGACCAGAGAACCAGAAAUCACAUCAACGUCCUUCUUCUGCACAAGAAAUGACAACUCAGACCCAAGAUCCUCCACCACAAUAUUCCACGUCGUCUUCUUCAUACACUUCUCAUCGGAAUCACCAUAACCAAAAUGCUCAUCAUCAAAAUCCACAACACCAUAGCUACCACAAUCCCAGUUCGCAACAAUACAGCCAGAAUCAACGCGGAUAUCGAAAUUCAUCAGGAAGUAACGGUAGUAGUGGGUUGUAUGGUCGACGACGGAAUGGUGGAUACAAUCGGAGUGCUGGAUUCCAAAAUGAAUCAUAUUCUGGAAAUGGAGUAGGUGUGACGAUGUUCGAUAACCAUCCAGUUCAACAAUACACCGGAUUUCAACAAAAUCAAGAUAUCCAAUUUGAUGAUUAUGCAGAAGGAGCGAAAAGAUUCGACAAUCUUGCCAACCUGAUUCGGGCGAGCACUCCAACGGACCCAUUCGCUAAUUAUCACAAAAAUUCUGAUGCAUCCAGUUGUGCAAUAUCACCAACUCCACAACAAAGAUCUCGUGCCUUAUCGGCAAGAGAUUUCAAGCAACCUCCACCAACGUGGAAAAUGGAACUCAGAAUCAAGAAUGAGAUGGCUGAAGCACAAGCAGCCGCUGAUAGAGCAAGUGAAGCACACCAACAAUUUCCACAACCAUUGUCAAUGUCUCCGCAAGAAUUUCUGGCACAAAUUGCGCAACAAGCAACGAUUCCUGCUGCCGAAAAACAAGGAACUGACUAUCAAGGAAUGAGGAAGAAACGCCCGAAUCUAUCAGUCAUCAAUCCUUCGCUCUUCUAUGAGCAGUAUCCACGAACUUCCUCGCCUGUCGCUUUUGUUCCAAAUACCACUUCCAAUUCUGACAAGAAUCCCUCGCCACACGAUCCUGCAGUUCUUGCUUAUAGUCGCCUCCGGGCUCCACAAUCAGCAUUCGAAGGUCUUUCACCAAUCGACACGAAUAAUUGUUCAUUUAUUACAAAACAUUUGGGCCCGACAGCUGAAAUUCCAUCCAACAAAAGUCGUGAUUUGACUAACGAAGAAUUAUCAGACAUGAUUGUAUCAACUGGAAAUCUUCGUAUAAACCCAACAAUUACUGAUUCCUUUGUUGAGCCAACUCAUCCAGAAGAGCCGGCUCCAUGGUCUCCUCUGAAACGUCUUCGUGCUGAAAGUGGAUCAUUGUCAGCUGCUCCAAUUGCCUCUCCUCAGUUUUCACCAAUAAAAUCGAAAUCGGUGGACGAAUUAUGUGAUAAUGACACAGAAGAUGAUGACGUGUUUGGUGGUUCAGAGAAUAAAGAGACAUCUGGAGACAAAGAGAGGCAACAGACUGUGGCUCCGGUGGUGGAGCAAAAGAUUUCUGAUUUCGAGGACAUUAACAACAGCCGAUUACCAUCGAAUUCUCAUUCGGCUGCUCCGAGUUCCGAUCAGAAGAGUUUUGUAUUUCCUCCGGAAUACCCUAUGUGCCGACAUUCAUCGGUUCCAUCAAUUGCUCAUCUUGUUGGAGAUCUAUCAGAUUUCUGUCCGCUUUCUCCGCAUUUGACUGCCGGCGAAAAAAUGCUCAUUGGCGGUGGUGAUGACUCUGUGUAUCCUGAGAAUACAGAAGACGUUGACAAGACUUCCGAAGAAAAGACAUCAUCUGAUGAGAAGUCUUCUGAAGACGUUGAGAUUAUGACGACACCAGAAAUCAAUACGGAAGCACUGAAGGUAUCAAAUGUCGCCGUGUAA